AUGAGCGUUGACAUUUAUCUAGUUUUGGACUUGAGCGUAACGAUAUCUCAGAAUGUGGAAGUUACAAAGUGUAAAAAGGUUCAACAAGCUCUAACCUUUGUUGAAAGCUUCAUUGAUAACGUGGAUAAAACUGAAGUUAAUGUUAAAUUAGUAAGUUUAUGUUGUUUUGAAGGUUUAUGUGUUAGGUUAAAUGUUUAAUGCAUUAUAUCUUUUAGAUAUUCGCUGCUGGAAAGCCCGUUCUUGCUAAAAGCAAGGUUAUUAGUGGAAGUGUCGUUAAAGGACUGUUUCAGCAGUAAGUUUUUAUUGUUUUUGUUUGGUUUUUAGGUAAAGUUGAAGGAUGAGAAUGAAGAACGUUUUGCGAUUGGUUUUGGUUAGGUUUAUCAGGGUUUUGUGCCGAAUUCUAGCGAAAUAUUAUGUUAUACAUCAAGUGCAACGGAAAAUCAUAUGUUCGAGAAAGCGUUUUAAACUUUUUAAGGAGUUUUUGAACUUACAAGUAUUAGAAGAAUUUUGUGAAUGGUUUAAGAGUAAUUUUGAGUUAGUUUCAUUUGUUUUGAAUCUUUUUUGGUUAAUAUUAUAUUACACAUUAAGUGUAAUCUUGAAAAGUCUUAUAACUUAAAAUUCUUAACCUAAUUUUAGGUUUCUAUCGAAACUAAACAAUCAAUAUGGACUUCUUAACUUUUGGGACUUGAAAGAUUUAAUUUUGGAUCACAAAACGGCUCGGCCGAUCGAAAUCAUAAUGUUGACGGACAUGGUAGAUGAAUUUGAAUUUGACAACGAUUUCCGCCUCUCAGCUUUAUGGAGAUUUGUUCUGCUAUCAAAUUAUGAAACAGAAGGGUUGAGUGAGAAACUGGUUGCGGUUUUGGAGACGUUUUCAUUAGAAAUGGGGGUAUAUUGUGGAUUGGGAAGAGGUAUCAGUGACUUAAAUGGGGCGAAGCACUUUCCUUUGUUGUUGUGUGAAUAUGAUACUGUUGAAGAAGCAGCGAAGGUGUUGGCUAACGAAGAAAGGACGGAGAAGUUUGUGGACAUUGUUGUUUCACCGGUUUUAACGUUAAAAGUGAGGUUUUAUAUUGAGUUUGUCAGCUGAAGGUCAUGUGUAAUAUAUUUUUAGUUUAUUCAUAAAUUAAUUUAAGUUUUCUGAUUAUAGACAAAGCUUCAACCGGGUAUACCUAAAAACCUGGUGAUAUUUUACAAUGAAAUGACUGCGACAACAGUCAACACAUCGCAGCCACCUACGUUUAAAAUGAUUGCUACAGUGCCGACUCCAAGUAUCAAUCGACUGUCUCAAACUUCUUUGAUCCAUUCGGUUAUACCGGUAAAUAACGACAAAAGAGACGGUUUUCUUUGUAUGGCAAAGACAUUGACUGGUGUUGUGCCCAUGACUGGCAUUUUACAACAUUCAAGCGGAGAGGAGUGCUUUCUUAGAGCUAUCAAGUGGGUUUUGAUGUCUAGGACAACAUAAUUUAAAACUAAAUUUGCCAAAACCAAACAAAAUCAUGUUCAAUUUACAGAAAAAACGAAGAUAUAGCACUGGUCCUUCAAUUUUAUCCAAAACAGUACGUCAAUUUGAAGAGAAAAGAGGAUCCAGAUGUUGUGAUUGACUCAAGGUUCCCAAGUGUUUCGUACAAAGCUACUGACAGAUUCUUUUGGGCUGAAGGCACAGAAAUUCAACAAGAUGUAAAUAAGCUGUGUAGAAAGCUGAAACGAGAUCUAACACCACAGGGUUAUUAUGAGGUCGGUGGAUAACGGAAAUACUUGGAGUUGGGGAUGACUGAUGGGUCAUGGUUAAUAUAAUUGAUAGUAGUGAAAUUUUUGGAGCUUUUUGGGGUUUUUAUAAAGAAUAUUAGUUUGGAAUUGAAAAUUAUUAUUUUGGUUGGUAUAGUGUUGUAAUAACAGAGAAAUAAUUUAUAUUAUAGUAGGUAUACUACCUCAAUAUAACCUUAUUGUCAAAAUUUGCACCAGAGUAGAAAUUAAAUUUCAGGACCUUCGCGCAAUGUCAGAAUUUGCCGUAGCAUGUGACUUUUAUGAUCUUGGCCCAAAUUUUGCACAAUUAUUGGAGAAACGAGCUAUAUCUCAAGACCUACACACCAAUAUCAAUAUAAUCUCAACGAUUGAAAUUUUACGGAAUGGUGGCUUUCAAGGCCUUUUAAUAGCACUACCAAAGAUGGAACAGCUAGCGCUGAAGUAG